AAGUCUUUGUUUGUGUUCGUCAAGAUGGCGGCGGGGAUGUAUCUUGAGCACUAUCUGGACAGCAUAGAGAAUCUACCGUUUGAGUUGCAACGGAAUUUUCAGCUUAUGCGAGAUCUGGACCAGCGGACUGAAGACCUGAAAGGGCAGAUUGACUCGUUGGCACGGGAGUAUACAACUAAUGCUCGAACACUGUCCCCGGAACAGAAACUCUCUCUGCUGCGUCAGAUUCAGCAGUCUUAUGGGAAAUGCAAGGAGUUUGGAGAUGAUAAGGUCCAGCUGGCAAUGCAGACUUAUGAGAUGGUGGACAAGCACAUCCGCCGCCUGGACACAGAUCUGGCCCGUUUCGAGGCCGACCUGAAGGAGAAACAGAUUGAAAGUACAGACUAUGACUCCACCUCGAGCAAGGGAAACAAGAGUGAACUCCGUGGCCCGAAAGAAAAGAAGGUGGCACGUACCAGGUCAAAGGUCAAGAACUCUGAUGAUGACUCCAGCCCCAAGAGUGCACAGAAGAAAGUCAAACUCAUGCAGACGACGGAGUUCACGGCUGUGCCCGCGGUGACCUUCGGGAACGUGCAUCCGUCGGACGUGCUGGACAUGCCAGUGGACCCUAACGAGCCCACGUACUGCCUGUGCCACCAGGUGUCCUACGGGGAGAUGAUCGGCUGCGACAACACCGACUGCUCCAUUGAGUGGUUCCACUUUGCUUGUGUGGGACUCACCACCAAACCACGCGGGAAAUGGUACUGCCCACGGUGUUCACAGGAAAGGAAGAAGAAAUGAGUGAAUUGGAAAAUUUAAACAAAAAAAAAGUAUAUAGAGAUGUAUAGAGAAAGAAAAACUCGGAGAAGGAAAUAAGGAGGGAGGAGGAGCCCUUGUCCCCUCCACAUACACUAAUAUAGAGCUCCUCUCUGCUUGGUUUUGGUGCUUGUCUCCUUGUCCUCUGCGCUCUCCUCCCCUCACUGUGGAAGGGUAGAUAGAGGUGUAGUUACAGUUGUAGCUUAAUUUAUGUUUCUGGUGUCAGCCAUGUCUUUUGUUUCGAUGUUUUAUGGGGAUUGUUUUAUUUUUUUUUUACGUACUUACUGUAAUAGAUUUUUUUUGGGGGGGGGUUGUUUUUUGAAAGUUUGAUUAUUUUUUUAUUAUUAUUAUUAUUAUUAUUAUUCUUUCAAGUUCAAAUGGAAAUUGGAAAGUUUAGAGGUGCUAGUGACGGCAAAUCCUUGCCCGUGGACCACGUCAAACGAUAUUAAGGGACCUUGGAAGUCUUCAUCUGGACACUUGUAACCUGGACACUACUGGAGUGCACUGUGAUGUGGUAUAUUACUGGAAAUAGUCUUCAUAUUUCAAACUGUGCCACAGCACCUAGUAAGUGUUUUGAUACAACGUGUCAUAACACUCACACAGACACUUCACACUGUUUCCUUAGACAGGAAUGAACCGGUUUACAGAAGGGCCUUGAAAGACCAGGUGUUAAAAUUUCUGGUUUUAAGCGUUGCAUGCCAUUUCUCAUUUCAUCUUAACACAAAAGUGCUGGAUUUUCACAUGUGCACUAACAUGACGAGCAUUAUGCCUAUAGUAUUUAUGAAGUAUAUGUUUCCAAUAGAAGUAUUUCAAAAUUGCAAGUUUGCAAAGAAGAAAACUCUCAAAACUGUGCUCAAAAAGAGCACUCGUAGACAAGCACUCAGAGAAAUCAUGACAGUGCAAAUGUGUAUCUAUCUGCAUUACUUAAUUGUCAGAUGUUUUAUUGUGUGCUUUUUUCACCAUUUUGAUGCUCAAAGAAAGGUUAUUGCAGACCGCAUCAAUGUUGGUGGAAUUCCUUUCCAAAGGGCAGUCAUCCCAUUAUGUGGAAUCCCACCAUACUGAUGUCUGGCACAAAGAAAGGUUGGUGCAAGCAGCAUCCUGUGUUGAUGGAAUUCCUAACCAGAGAGAUAGACAUCCAGUUUUGUGGAAUUCCACAGCAACAAUCCAUGUUGAAAUGCAACCAACCACAAUUGUUACCAAGUCAAGCCUCUAUUCUUACAAAAAUGCUCACCUUUUUCAUUUACAUACUGUAUCCUUGAGUAAACUUCUCCACGCUUAGGAGGAGUUCACUCAGCUUUUACAAGACCGGUGCUUUGACAGAAAAUGACAAUGACACGUGUGGACUAGCAGAUUCAGCAUGGAAGUGCUUAACAUCAUUUUCUGUUGUUUAAACAAAUCUUUAAAGAGAACUGUACUAAUGUCAUUUAUUGUUUUGCUUUUUUGUAUGUCUUCCAUUACAGUUCAAUGAAUGAUGAAAAUUAAUAACGGA